GGAGAAGGAGGAGGGACCCAGCGCAGGAAGCCGAGCAGGAAGCGAGCCCGGCAGCCGUGCUUUCCUGGGGAAGCGGCGAGCGGGACGGCGAGCGGGGCCGGGAGCUGAAGCCGCCGCUUGGAUGGGGUAUUGACAAAUCUCCUAGGACUUUGGAAGGCUGAAUGGACUAAACAUGAAGAGCCUAAAAGCGAAGUUUCGGAAGAGCGACACAAAUGAGUGGAACAAGAAUGACGACCGCCUCCUGCAGGCUGUGGAGAACGGAGAUGCCGAGAAGGUGGCCUCGCUGCUGGGCAAGAAAGGGGCCAGUGCCACCAAGCACGACAGCGAGGGCAAGACCGCUUUCCACCUUGCUGCUGCGAAAGGCCACGUGGAAUGUCUCAAGGUCAUGGUUACACACGGCGUGGAUGUGACUGCCCAAGAUUCUUCAGGUCACAGUGCUUUGCAUAUUGCAGCCAAGAAUGGCCACCCCGAGUACAUCAGGAAGCUUCUUCAGUACAAGAGCCCAGCUGAAAGCAUUGACAACUCGGGGAGAACGGCUUUACAUUAUGCAGCGGCACAGGGAUGCCUUCAGGCCAUACAGGUCCUCUGCGAGCACAAGAGCCCCAUAAACCUUAAAGACUUGGAUGGGAACAUACCCCUGCUUGUCGCCGUACAAAAUAGCCACAGUGAGGCCUGCCUCUUUCUCCUGGAUCACGGCGCAGAUGUCAACUCCAGGGACAAAAAUGGAAGGACUGCUCUCAUGCUGGCUUGUGAAACUGGCAGCUCUCACACAGUGGAAGCCUUAAUUAAAAAGGGGGCAGAUCUGAACCUUGUAGAUUCUCUUGGACACAACGCCUUAUAUUAUUCCAAACUCUCAGAAAAUGCAGGAAUUCAAAGCCUUCUAUUAUCAAAAAUCUCUCAGGAUGCUGAUUUAAAAACGCCAGCAAAGCCAAAGCAGCAUGACCAAGUCUCUAAAAUAAGCUCAGAAAGAAGUGGAACUCCAAAAAAGCGCAAAGCUCCACCACCUCCUAUCAGUCCUACCCAGUUGAGUGAUGUGUCUUCCCCACGAUCGAUAACAUCUACACCACUUUCAGGAAAGGAAUCAGUAUUUUUUGCUGAAGCGCCCUUUAAGGCUGAGAUCAGCUCCAUACAAGAAAACAAAGACAGACUGAGCGACAGUACUGCAGGUGCGGACAGCUUAUUGGAUGUAAGUUCUGAAGCUGACCAACAAGAUCUUCUUGUCCUGUUGCAAGCAAAAGUCGCUUCCCUUACCUUACACAAUAAGGAGUUACAAGAUAAAUUGCAGGCCAAGUCCGUCAAGGCAGCAGAAGCCGACCAAAGCUUUCAGUCUUUCCAUUCCACCCAGACUGAUCUGGCCCCAUCCCCGGGCAAAGCUAGUGACAUCCCUUCCUCCGAUGCCAAAUCAUCCCCACCUGUUGAGCAUCCAGCGGCAGCGACAUCCACCGCCAGCAGUGAUGUCAUAAUCCAGCAGCUACAGGAUUCCUUGCACGAUUUGCAGAAGAGGUUGGAGAGCUCUGAAGCAGAGAAGAAACAGCUCCAGGACGAACUCCAGUCACAGAGGACAGACCUGCUGUGCUUGAACAACACAGAGAUCUCAGAGAAUGGCUCUGACCUCAGCCAGAAGCUCAAAGAAACUCAGAGCAAGUACGAAGAGGCCAUGAAGGAAGUCCUGAGCGUGCAGAAGCAGAUGAAGCUGGGUCUGCUCUCCCAGGAGAGCGCAGACGGCUAUUCGCAUCCCCGAGAGGCGCGGCUCACUGAGGAAGACGUCGACACGCUAAAGCAAGACCUGCAGAAAGCUCUGGAAGAAAGUGAAAGGAACAAGGAGCGAGUGCAGGAAUUAGAGACCAAGCUUGUGGAGAAGGAAAAGGCUGAGGCGACUAAGCCACCCGCGGAGGUGUGUGAGGAGAUGAAAAGCUCCUACUGCUCCGUCAUCGAGAACAUGAAUAAGGAGAAGGCGUUUUUGUUUGAGAAAUACCAGCAGGCCCAAGAAGAAAUCAUGAAGCUAAAGGACACGCUAAAAAGUCAGCUGCCACAAGAAGUCCCCGAUGACUCUGGGGAUAUGAAAGAGGCCAUGAACAGGAUGAUUGAUGAACUCAAUAAACAGGUGAGCGAGCUGUCGCAGCUCUACAGAGAAGCCCAGGCGGAGCUGGAGGAUUAUCGGAAGAGGAAAUCUCUGGAAGAUGCAACCGAAUUUAUUCACAAAGCUGAACACGAGAGGCUGAUGCACGUGUCGAACCUGUCCAGGGCCAAAUCGGAAGAAGCGCUGUCCGAGAUGAAGUCUCAGUACUCCAAAGUGUUGAACGAGUUGACUCAGCUCAAGCAGCUGGUGGACACACACAAAGAGAACUCCGUGUCCAUCACAGAACAUUUGCAAGUGAUAACCACACUGCGGACAGCGGCCAAAGAGAUGGAAGAGAAAAUAGGCACCCUCAAAGAGCACCUCGUGAACAAGGAAGCGGAAGUCACAAGGCUGGAGAAGCAGCUCGUAGAAGAGAAAGCUGCUAUGAGCGACGCCAUGGUCCCCAAGUCUUCCUACGAAAAGCUCCAGGCCUCCUUGGAGAGCGAAGUCAAUGCGUUGGCCACAAAAUUAAAGGAGUCGGUGAAAGAGAAAGAGAAAGCCCAUUCUGAGGUCGCCCAGGUUCGAAGCGAGGUCUCACUGGCGAAAAGGGAGAAGGAAAACAUCCAGACUCUCUUGAAAUCCAAGGAGCAGGAAGUAGCUGAACUUGUGCAGAAAUUGCAGCGAGCUCAGGAGGAGCUGGCCGGGAUGAGGAGGUGCUCUGAGACCUCGUCGAAACUGGAGGAGGAUAAAGAUGAGAAGAUAAAUGAGAUGACCAAGGAAGUCCUGAAGCUGAAGGAGGCCCUGAACAGCCUCUCGCAGCUCUCCUACUCCACAAGUUCAUCCAAGAGGCAGACCCAACAACUGGAAAUGCUGCAGCAGCAGGUCAAGCAGCUACAGACCCAGCUGGCGGAAUGUAAGAAGCAACACCAGGAGGUCAUAUCGGUUUACAGAAUGCAUCUUCUAUAUGCUGUUCAGGGCCAAAUGGAUGAAGAUGUCCAGAAAGUCCUGAAGCAGAUCCUCACCAUGUGUAAAAACCAGUCUCAGAAGAAGUAAAGCAGACUCUUUGGCAGGACACUGCCCCUCGUUGCCUCUCUUUGUGUUACAUCUGGGGUUGUCACUGACCACUGCCAUUGUCCCUGUUCAUGGUGUGCACUGUGACCUAGCAUAGCUUUUUUUUCCCAGAGGUUUCUGGGAUCUAGUCCCAAGAGAAGAUACCCUCUCUUCAGAACUUCACAGGUACUCCAGACCAGCAGAGGUGAAAGACCCUGUUCUCUCUUCAGAAUCUAGAACUGGGAUCAGACACGCCCAAAAGUCUGGUCUACCUUCCUGGGUACCUGCCCGUGCGAGUGACUUUAAGGAGUGGUGUCCUGAGGCCUCCGUGCAGUGGGUGGUCCGUGAUCCCGGCCUUGGGAGUGUGCCAUUCAGCACAGGAGAGCAUUUUUCCUUCCAUUCCCCAAACAUGGUUUAAUUCCUACCCAACCUAAAAUGAUGCUAGAAUGAGUGAGUGCUUAAGACCCUUCAUCCUGUGGAUUUAAAAACUCUACUCUGUCCCCCCAGCUGCCUUAAAUCACAUCUGCUUAUGGUCUCACAGUGUGAUGAGUGCCAUUAACUAAAAUAGAGUUUUAAACCAAGAGUGAACUCUCCUUAGAAGUUUUUUAAGUAAAUCAACAUAUUGCAAAAUUUUCUAUGCAAACUUGCCUAGAAAACUUUCCACAAUGCUCAGGAAGUCCAGAUACUUGUAUUUCAACAAAGGACAGUAAACUAUGUGUUUACAGCCAAAAGACCUGAUGCCUCAUGGUUCUUAACCUCAAUUUUUUAAAAGUGUUUUUUUUUUCCUCUAUGAUAUUUUUAUUGGCUUUUAAAGAUGUUUUCAUAGCGAAAGCCCUAAGUAAGGGAGAUUAGAUUAUAUUAACAUUAUUUUUAGAUAAACAAACUUAAGACUUCUUAAAAAUGCAACUUUUUCCUCAAAAGUUUUCAGAGGGUAGUUAUAUAUUCCAAAUUCAGUAUGAGCUGUCACCAGUACCCCUAGGAAGACUUUCUGUAGUUUACUUCUGAAUGCAGUAAAUCCUCCUUUUGCCCAUUGAAUUUGUAAACAGCCCAAACUCUAGCACCCAUGAAUGAUUCCUGAAAGGACUGUCAGUUCCAAUCAGCAAAUGUGGUGCAUAGCAAAAAUCCUUGGGGGAGACAUGCCUGUUGACCUGGCUUUCAGGUUAAAAAGGUUUGACUUGUUUGCAGUGUCUUACGGCCCCGACCGUGAGGGAGAUAAAGAACUUUUGGUGUAUUACUAAAAGCAGAGGUCCACUCUGACAGGGCCCGUCGACUGCAGGGCUGCCUUGGCUGAGGCCACUUGGCUGAAUUGGGUAUGUUCAUCUGUCUUUAAUCAAUACCAGCAAAACAAAAGUGGCUUUAGGUUGGUGGUGGUGCUUUUCUUAAGUUGUCUGAUUACAGUUAAGCAUUUCUCAGAAUGCCCCCAAAGAAAUGUGAAAGGAUUUGCCACAGGACUUAAGAAAUGACCAAGCCACCGCCCCUUGUGCCCCCCCACACACAGAAAUGCUGCAGAGUGUAAUACUUGAGACAUUUUGUAGGAUGCCUGACAAAGUGUAGCCUUUUUUCUUGUGUCAGGAUGCAUAUUUAUUACAAGUAUUCUGGUUAAAUAUUGAAAAGUUAUAUGCAGUAGUCUAGCAUUUUUUUUUUGUCUUUGUAAUUUACGGGAAUUAUUGCAGAAAAUAAACGUGGUUCAUUUUGCA